CUUUUCCUACAUAUUAAAGUAACGACAACAUACUACAAAGCUACUCAUAGAAACCGGAUUAAAUUUUUGAAAAUGACAACCACCAACAUGAACGAGAUUAAAGCCAACGAAGCCGGUCAAACCAAUCAUGGAACCGAUACAACAACAGAAACGUCAGGGGGUCUUGUAGGUGCAGUUGCCAGUGUCGUGAAUAUGCCACUGGCUGCAUACGGUAUGGCACACAAGGCAGUAUUCGGUGAAACUGAGGGUCACGAUGAGAAUACGCCCGCGGAUGACCCUAAGGAUAGAAUCGCUAAGGACACGGACACCGAUACAGAGACGAACGGGUCAACUGACACAAACGUAACGGUAAACGAGUACCGCGAAAGCAAAGAUACCUCGGAGAUAUCCGGCAGUGAUCCAAUUGCGACCGUAACACGUGUAACUCGUGCAGACGUAGAAAUCGCCACUGUCGCCGUUGACACGGAUGCAGACGCACAGGAUCAAGCAUCAGCAGAGGUGAUAAAAAGUUCGCCGAGUGCGGCUGUGAUGGAAGUCGAGGAGGUUUUCGAAGUUAGAGCAAAAUCAAUGGAACAGGAAGAAACAAAGGGUACUGUCAAGACCGUGACUGAUGCGGUGGAGGAAGAUGCAUUCUCGGAGGAAGUAGACGAUGGUGCUGUCAUUGCUAAAGCAGAGUUCUUUGAGCACAAUAGUGAGACGGAUGAUCCAGUGAUGAAGAGUGCACCGGUAGACAUUGAGGUCAAGAAAGGAAAUGUCGACGCUAAAGCCGAUAUUUUUGAUAACAACAGGGCCAAAGCCGCCGAGGCGGAGCCCUUCGAAAAAGAUGCCGUGGAUGUUGAUGCGGGUUUAGUGGAUGAGAACGCCAAGUUAUUUGAUGACGGUAUUACGGUGCAGAAUGCAACGUUUGCAACCAAUGAGACCGAAGAGUUACCAUCAAUGGACGGAAUUGUGGACUCAAAGGCAAAGAUGUUUGAAGAAGCAGAAGUGCAAAAUACCGAAGAAGAAACACAUACCGAAGCCUCGGUGCCCGUAGCAGAGGGUGCUGUAAAUACUAAUGCAGAACUUUUCGCCCAGAAGAAGAUACACAAUGCUGAAGCCAUCGACACUACAAAGGAUAUUGAAGGCGGAGAUGUGAGUUCGCGUAAAGACCUUUUCGAGCAUGCAAAUACACACAAACCCGAGCAAAUGGUCGCUGGGGCUGGUGAGUUACAAGAACAGACCGGAGUUGUAGUGGCCAAGACAGAACUAUACGAGCACGUCGAAACCAUGGCACCCAUCCCCAAUGUCUAUGAAAAAAUGGAACUCCAAAAGGAGACUGGAGACGUUGUCACCAAAGCAGAACAAUUCGAACACAUCGACUCCACUGAUCCUUCCGCGGUAUCCAGCAAGCUCAAUGGAGAAGAGAUUAAAACUGGCAAUGUGAGUCUGCGUAAGGAUCUUUAUGAACAUAUUGACACACAAAAAGAUGAGCCAAUGGUAGCCGACACCAGUGAAUCGGAAGAACAGACGGGUGACGUCGUUGCCAAAACAGAGCUCUACGAACACAUCGACACCAUGGCACCCAUCCCUGAUGUAUAUCAGCAUACGGAGAUUCAAAAUGGGACAGGGGAUGUUAUCACCAAAGCUGAGCAAUACGAACAUGUCGAGGAAACAGGACCCACCACAGUAGCAAGCGAGGGUGCAGAGAUUGAAGGUAACGUAGACGCCAAGAAAGACCUGUUUGAGAACCAAGCCGUACCAGAGGUUGAUGGUUCCACUGAUGUUGUCGAGGGUGAACUGAUCAAUGAGGGUAACGUGUAUGCCACCAAACACGUCAAAAGCAAACAGGUGGGCGAGAACACUGCAACAACGCCUGCGCAAAUAGACGAGAAGGAAGGGGUAGAGGCAGAUACAGCUGAUGCGCAAAUGGAUGCAGAGGAAAACGUCGCAAUCGUAGCUGCUGAAAUUACACAGACUGUGGAAGUAGAGAAAGUUGAGGGCGCUCCUUCGGUCGGGGAUGUAACGCUUCCGCAAACGAGCGUUAUGACUACACAAACAAUAGUCGGUGGUGUACAAGACAACGAAUUGGAAGCAUCGAGUAAGCUUGUAGGCACAAAAGCCAUAAAAAUAGAGGAAGCGGAUGGUGAUGUCAAGGCUGUCGAGGCUGUUACUAUUAGUCCCAGCGCUUGAGUGAGAUAUUACAAUAAACCAAAUAAAUUAGUAUAAAAUCC